AUGGGGAAAAGCACCGUUUUUGUGCUUCCCGAGCUUCCCGAACCGAGCAGUUCUCUUCUUUUUCCCCAGUCGCGACCCAGCAGCGACCAGAGCUCGCUAGGGUUGCCCCAGCCGCCGCACCCAUUGCCGCCGCACCACGUCGCCGCCGCCGCCGCACCACCGUGCCUCCCCCUCGCCUCCCUAGCCGCCUCCCGUCGCCUCUGCUCGCCUCCUCGACGCCCCCCCUCUCCGCUCCCAUCCGCGACCCCCUGUCGUUCCCAUCCCGUCGCCGCCGCUCCCAUCCGCGACUGCCCCGUCGACGACCACCUCGCCUCCGCUCCCGUCCUCCACGGCCACGACCGGCCCGUCCUCGACCGCGCAGCAGCAGCACCCCACAGCCCCGCCGCUGGUCAGCUAGGAAAUGCCACCCCGAAGGGGCUUGGUCACCGAACGAAAAGGAAAAAAAGAAAAAGAAAACGGAACCAUCCCAAAUCGUGGACGAGCCCGUGCUCGCUAGGGUUCCACCACCGCUGGUCGCGCCGUCGGCCCCGCCGCUCCACCAGCGCCGGCCCCGCCGCUGUCCUCCACGGUCGCAGCCGGCCCCGCCCUAGCCGCUACCGGACCCGCCGCUCCACCAGCGCCGGCCCCGCCAUCGCCACCAGCGCCUGCCCCGCCGCUGUCCUCUACGGUCGCAGUCGGCCCCGCCCUAUCCGCUACAGCCCCCGCCCGCUCGCGGCCGCAUCUACACCUGCAGCACGGACUGGUGUCGCUGGCGAGGGCAAGUUCCAUCCGCCGCCUCUGCCGCUGGCCAAUCCAUCUUUGGAGCUCCGCCCUCCAGUAAGCGCGACCACACAAGCUGCAUCCCUCCACCUGCUAGUACCUCGUCACUCCGACUUUGAUUUUGUGAAAUUUGUGGUGCGUGGAGUGCAAACUUUGGGCCGGUGCCUCACUGCAUUGAUGAUGUGA